AUGACGUCUCCAGCAGAAGAACGUCCGUUUUCUUCUUAUCCUACUGCUGACGCUACAAUUGUCUCCGUCAGUUUAAGUGGAGGAUACCUUGGAGGCGCAGUUUAUGACCAAUCUCAAACCACUAUUCGUCUGCUAAGUGAUGUCCUCGAAGAUCAAGAAUUUUCAAUGUCGGCGUCUCUACUUCAACAAGAGCAACCAACAACGAUAUUAGUCAAUAAAAAUCAGGAUAACUGUUUCCUACGAUUUCUUUCUCAGUUUUGUAGGAUAAGAACCUCCGUUGAUGAAAUGUACCUCGAUACUUCGAUAGACUUUAAUAGUUCAACUUCCAUUCCACGCACGAGUUGCGCUCUUAGCACCACGAUACCUACGGACUUGGGACAAGGUGCAGUCGCGUCGCCCGAAAAUGCUGUUAGUAAUGAAGGAUGUGGCGUUGCUGGGGCAAAUAAUGACGUGGAAGAUUCUGAAGAGGGAGUGCAGCCGCGGACACUAAUUCUCCUCGCCAACCAUAUUUACAAUUUUGAUUCUUGUUUUAAACGGAUCUCCGACUUAUUUGCCGAAGAACGGUUUAGCGGGGCAGAGAGCAAACUAGCUGCUCGAUUUCGUAUCGAUUUGUUUUCAAGGAAUAUGGUGCGCGCUUUGGGCGCUCUACUUAUGUACUUGGAUUCUGCACGUGUGGGUGUUGAAUACGAAACCGCCAACGUCCGCACUCCUGUUACCACAAUUAAGACAAUUUUGAUAGGUGAGAUGGUUGAAAUUGACAAAAGCACCUAUCGCGCUCUAAAUAUCUUUUCCGCUGAUGAGUACAAAGGGGGACUUUUCCGAAAUACCUCGAAAUCGUCAGAAUGUAGAUCAUUGUUCAGUUUAUGCAACAGGUGCAGAUCAACUCCUGGAAAACAUAUGCUCAAGCAGUGGUUCCAACACCCUACGACAAAUCGUGAAGUUCUAAUACAAAGACAACAAGCAAUUUCUUUUUUCCUUCAGGAUUGUAAUGUAGAACUCACUGGAAAAAUCCAUAAUUUGUUGGAGCCCUUAAGAAAUGUGAGGCAUAUUUUGGAACGUCUCCGCAGUGGAACUGCGAAAGUUGUGCAUUGGGAGAAUCUUCACAAGACCAUUUCAAACUCGGUGAUAAUUGGUCGCUACCUUGAAAGUGUGGGAUCACCGUUAACUCUUCUUCAGAACGACAUUCAUUGUUAUGGUGAACCUCUGGCGGAACUGUGUGCGGUACUGAGUGCAAUGAUCGAUUUUGAGGAGUCCUACGCUGAAAACCGGCUAGUAAUGAAUACUAGUGUGGAUCCAGAGUUAGAUCGAGUUAAAAGCAUCUACCGCCAGCUUCCGUCAAUUCUAACUGGUGUGGCCCAAGAUGAAGCCAGUCGUUUUCAGGCAGCCACCUGCUCAGUGGCUUAUGUGCCCAUGAUUGGCUAUUUGGUCGUACUUCCUCAUGAUUUCCACCCUGAAGAAUUUCCUGACUUGGAGGUCAUCUACACCACUGCCCAUACAAUGCAUGCGAAAAGCGAAAGAAUGAGAGCUCUUGACGAGGAGCUGGGUGAUCUUAAAAUGAGAAUCAUUGACAAGGAAACUACUAUUACAUUAAGAAUGUCCGCACUCAUAUUAUCUCGUUCUUCUCUGCUACUAGCAGUGGAACGAGCUGGUGCAUUGCUUGACGCUGCCAUUGCAUUAGCACUGACGGCACGACAGUUUGGUUGGAAUUGUCCAAAGAUUGUUGACGAACCCGUCAUAGAUGCUUCAAGGGUUACCCACCCUCUGUCGCAACUAGUUGUUGAACAUUUUGUGGCGAACCCUGUGAGCUCUGGUGGUGGUUGUUCGAGAAUCAAAAUUGUCACAGGACCUAAUGCAUGUGGAAAAAGCAUAUAUUUGAAGCAGGUUGGAUUGCUUGUAUUUUUGGCUCAUAUAGGUAGUUUUGUGCCUGCCGAUGUAGCCCAUAUUGGUUUUGUAAAUCGCAUUUUCUCAAGAAUUUACGCUGUAGAUUCCGUACUCGAUGGAAUGAGCACUUUUGCGAAGGAUUUGAGCCAGAUCUCUCUUGCGUUACGACGCGGCGACGAACGCUCCCUUAUAAUUAUAGAUGAGUUUGGAAAGGGCGCAAUGACGGAAGUUGGUCUCUCGUUACUGGCGUCAUCUUUAUCGUACUGGGCUUCAAAAGGUGAAGAGUGUUGUCCACAUAUAUUCCUUUCUUCACAUUUCCAUGCACUGCCGGAAUUGAUCACUGAUGAACGUGGAAUUGUUUCAUAUCAUACCAUGGAGGUGUUCAGAAAAAGGGACAAACUCAAUUUUCAAUUCCGUUUUGUCGAUGGUCUUGUAGAUUCGUCGUUUGCUUCCUAUACUGCACUGAAAAUGGGCAUACAGGAAGAUGUUGUGGAUCGCGCGAAUGAGGUUUACAAACAUAUUUGCGGAAAGCACGCUCUUUUGGAACUGUCGAGUAUAGACUCAAAAGAAGAACGGAAAAAUGGUUUGCUGACACAGGGAAUGUUGAAAAUACUGUCUCUAUUUGGAGAAUGGAACAUUAUCGGUGACUUGGAGGGUUUGCUGGGAUUGUUGGAAGAGACUCUACUGCUACAUAAUGAAGGAAUAGAAUUGUUUUUUUCUCAUUACCUUAGUGAGCAUGAGGAUCGAGCGUGUGUCAAUGACGGUGAAUUACGUGAGAAUCAAGUCGACCUGAAGUGGGAUUAUACCGUUCUGCAUUUAAGACGAGAAACGACGAUGCUUCCUGGAAAAGAAAAAUCUGCUUUGAAUGAGGAAUUGAGUGGAAGCAGUCAUACAUUGCUUAGUGCGUUGCGGUCGGAGGGGAGGAAAACUGAUAGAAGCAACCUGUCUGUCUCUUUUGCUACCGAUAUGGCUGAAGAAGAAAACACAUCGAGAGCUACUGCGAUUACAGUGCCACAAAAGGCAGUAGGAGAUCAAACAAGACACAGCUGGGUACUGCUACGUUCUGAUAAUGAGUUGCAACUGAGAGCGGUAACUGUUGACAAUUGUUUUGGAGAAAAACCGUUUGUUCCUUUUGUGAAUGAAGAACAGCUAAUUCAAAAACGUGCGGAUGGAUAUACUAAAGGACAAUUAGUUCGAGCCGCUUCGAAACAUCCCUUGCUCCUACCACAUUCGAAUGAAGCGGUCCUUCGUAAACGUACGCGCACGCUGUAA